CGCCUGGCCUGAUAUGCACCGUCUGGCUGACAGAGUCCAUCUGGAGGAGUUGACUAAAAUUGGCAUUCUGAAAGGCAAUGUAGAUGACAUGGUGAAGGUUCAUCUGGGUGCAAUAUUUAUGCCACACGGACUUGGACAUCUACUUGGAAUCGAUGUGCAUGACGUUGGAGGCUACCCAGAGGGAGUGGAGCGCAUUGACCUGCCGGGGCUCAGGAGCCUGCGCACUGCCCGCAGCCUGGAGCAGGGCAUGGUGCUGACCAUUGAGCCGGGCAUCUACUUCAUCGACCACCUCUUGGACCAAGCCCUCCGUGAUCCUGCGCAGUCCUGUUUCAUCAACAAUGACGUCCUGCAGCGUUUUAGAGGAUUUGGCGGGGUCCGGAUUGAGGAUGACAUCGCAGUGACGGCCAGUGGAAUGGAGCUGCUAACGUGCGUCCCACGUACUGUUGAAGAAAUAGAGGCUUUCAUGGCAGAAGGCCAAAGCAGUGCCAAGCCGUUUGGCUGCCUCUCCAGCCAAAAGCAGUAAACUUCAGGAUGAUACUUACUGUCUCACACUGAUCAGUCAUCGUUCUGAUUUAAUGCUACAGCACAUAAAAUAAAAUGCAUCCAAUUCGUAAUAGCAAGAGAGGCAGGAAGGCUAUUAGCUGGAAUGAUUCAUUCAUUAAAAAUGAAGGUAGGCGGCUUCAGCACUUGACAUCCAGGUAACUCAAAUGCUGCUGCUUGCAGUCAGCAGUUUACAUUACCAAGUGCCACCUGAAUAACCCUGC